AUGGGUGGCGCUGGUUGCUUACCAUCAGGUCGCGCAAUCGAGCGCGUGUGCGCAGGAGCAGACGGCGCGGGCAUGGUGUCGGCGGCGCGCGCGCUGCUCGCCGCAGUCACGAGGGUGCUAUUACUCGCCGACAUGGUCGUCGUACGACAGUUACUACUGGCCAAAGAUAAGGUUGCCCGUUCCUUGGACCGGUUGGAGUCGGUGUCGAACUUUGCGGAGUUUGUGCGCGCGUUCACGGAGUUCGGGGGCGGUAUGGUGGAGCUAGCGAGACUGACGGCGGAGAGACGAGCAGACCUGCGUGACGAGAGAAGAAGAGCACAAGUAGCCGCUGCCAGAAACGUUCUCGAACGAUCCACACUGAUGCUUCUCACUUCCUCGAAGACAUGUAUGAGGCAUCCAACGAGCGCAUCGGCACGCGAGAACCGGGACACGGUGUUCUGUCAGAUGCGACGAGCCAUGGACCUCAUUCACUACGUCGUGAGGGACGGCCUGCCCGGCCACGAGGAACAAUCCCAUGAGGCUGCGCAAUGGGAGGCGGGCACGGCUCUGGGCGCUCUACGUGGUCUAACGGGGCAGGUGAGAACUGCGCGCGCGCGCGGCGGCGCCGACAUCACGCGCCGACGCUCGCUCGCCUCCACGCUGCGCGCGCUCGUCGAGCGCACGCACGAUUUUACAGACUCCGCAUAUACCUCGCACGAACAUAGACAACGGAUACUUGCCCUAGCUGAAAGAAUUGCUUACGAAUUGGAGAGACUAGUUGCUGUCGCUGUUUCACUGGAAGAGCAAGGUGCCAGUGGUACUGCGACGGCACUCGAGAGUGCUUGCACAGGCGCGACCAGCGCCGCAUCGGAGCUUGAACGCGCGCUAGUAGCUGCAGCCCGCGAUCAAGCGCGAGAUCUCGCUCCCCUCGCGGACGAAGCGAAGAGACUCGCCUCCGACCUAGCAUAUAUAGCUAGUUCCUGUGGUGAGAGAGAAUCAGAGAGACUGCACAAUAUAGCCAGCCGGCUCCAUGAACAAUUAGAUCACAUAAUAGAGGUUUGCAAAUUAUUAAGGCAUAUAGCUUUGUCGGAGACUUUGCAAGUGAGUGCAAAGUUUGCAGAAAUAAAUCUUAGGAUAUACGGUCCACAAGUGGUGACGGCUGCGCGGACGCUGGCGGCGCACCCUGGCAGUACGGCGGCGCGGGAGAACCUCGACGUGUUCGUCGACAUGUGGGCGUGGCUGUUGGCCGACGCCGCCCGUCUGGCACGCGAGCUCCUCGACCUCACUGACGACAGACCCGACAAACAGCAGUAUAGCAGUUUACCGAGGCCUGGGAAACAUGGGACAACAAGCAAGCCUCUGAAAGCAGUAAGGUUAGAUUCGGACGAGCAAGCAAAAAUCGCAAAAUCCGGUUUAGAAAUGAAAAUGAUGUCCUCUGAAAUGGAUGCUGAGACUGAAAAAUGGCAGGGAGCAGCUGCCGACGAAAACAACGACAUUGUGAAGAGGGCAAAAAAUAUGUCUUCCAUGGCCUUCGCUAUGUACCAAUUCACAAAAGGUGAAGGCCGUCUAAACACUACUCAAGACCUCUUCACACAAGCGGAAUAUUUCGCAGAGGAAGCCAAUAGACUUUAUAAAAUAGUGCGACAAUUUUCUUAUCAGGUACCAGCGGGAGCUACGAAAAAAGAACUGCUGGAGCAUCUUGAUAAAGUGCCGACGUAUGUGCAACAGCUACAGUUCACAGUGAAGGAGCCGACGGUGGGGCGCGCAGCCACCUUCAGCAAAGUAGACAACGUCAUACAGGAGACCAAACACCUCAUGAACGUUAUAAGUAAAGUCGUCACUACAUGUUUCGACUGCGCGAACAAGUAUUCCCUAUGUAUGCCUGAGAGAGUUCCUAUGCAUUGGAAGCCAAAUUUGCAAAAAGCAUCCACGUAUAAGAGUGAAAAUAGUGUUCUGAAUGGUUGAUUACAACCUGGACUUCACGGGUCUUACGGCGGGAGGUGCAAGCGCAGGCGGGCGCGGCACAGCGCGGGACGAGGAUGCAGGCGGAGGAGUCGGCGGUGACGCCAAGCCGGGGGGGAGCAGCUCGGAUACAGCCAUGUGACAGUACGGCAUGGGCCGGCGCGGCAAGGGCGACGCGCGCCGGACCAGGGUCAGCUUCCUCUUGUUUUAAAGACUUAAACGUCUUGGAACAACUCGUCGCCUGAAGUCGGCAGAACCGGCACGGUGCUGAUAUACACAAAACUGUACUUCAAUGCCUAAACAAAAUGGUCGGUUGGAUGUAUCAAGUAAGCUUUGGUUAGUUUAGCGUAUUGAGUGUUUGCUCAGCCUCAGCUGAAAAUUAUGAACAGGUAUAAAUGCUGAAAUUAGCAAGGUGUAUUAAAAGAAAGAAAAGAGGUUAGAGAAAAUGUGGGAUUAAAUGAGGCGUAUACACAACGAACGGCAUUUCGUGCAGCUUUAUGUAUCUCUAGCACGGUGCCGGCACUGGGGACCACAUGCACUGAUGUGUAACUGCGCCACAAUGCCUAACGAAUGCAUUUAGACGUGCGUGCGUGUGGUACUCGCCAUCCGACAACCCUUGCUCACAAAUGAUUAUAACUCGCAUAAAGAGGCCGUUAUCUAAUCGUUUGUAGCAAUUAAUUAAUAAUAAGAUGGACAGUACGAUAUACAAAGUAAGUUUCUGCAGAGCACUUGCGACACACAAAGCGUCUACUCAACUCAACUCUUAGUAUUUUUACUCUUAAAUGCUAGAUCGCAAGCGUGCGGACGCAACGCAUUUGGCUGUGGAUCGAAAGUAAUAAAUAAUUAUAAGAUAAUACCUUGUUACUACUUUUAAUCAGGGCCUUCAUUGUUAACACCACAAUAUUUAAACAUAUUUUUCCUCGAACGUAGUUUUCAGUGCUAAAUUAUAUGAUAAAGUUGAUAAAACAUAUUAUACAGACAGUUGCAGCCAGUUUAUGAACAGAACAAUUUGUGAUCAAUAAUUAAGAAGAGUGAAAUCGUACAAUAAUAUAAUACUUGUUACACUUUCAUAAUGUUACACAUUGUUACAAUUAAUACGUAAACUACACAGAGAAGCAUAUUUUUUUAAGUUUCCCUCUCUUAAGCCUGUUACUAUAAGUACUUCUAAUCCUACUAACUUUAUUAUAUGUAUGUAAUAUACUAACCUUCACUAUCGUUUACACCUAAGCUACCUACUUCUCUACGCACCCUUACUGCACUCUCCGUGGUCCUGUUGCACUUUGUUUUGCGUUAUGCACGACCGCUUCCUCACUUUCAUUUGGCAUCGGCGGCGACAUUUAUUUCAGAACAUGCUACUUUACCACAUUAUACUUCAGAACGACACAGUGUUACUCUUGCAUUCGAUGUUACCGCAUUCUAGUCAUUUCUCUUCGACGACUUGGUGUACAUACAUUAGAAUACGGUCAUAUUGACAUAAUGCGAGCUGCGCGUGCGGCUGUGUACAUUGCAUGAUUGUGAAACGGAACAAAUAGAUGUGUGUUGCAUGUGUGUACCGUGGUUAAUGGAUGUCGUACGUCAUCUUUCCGACGGGGAGGAUGUUUAAUAUUAAGAUGAGGGAAAUUGACUCUGGUGGUUGCCCCAGCAACUCCCACGUCGCCCAGAAACGCAGUGUUAUAUAGACCUCGGCUACUGACUCACGCCGGCGCCGGCGCAGAACGCGGGCACCCGUUCUCCAACCGCUCAUGCAUGCUGCAAUGUACUGCGCAGGGCUGCAUUGCAUGUAGACGCGUAUCGCCCGGCAUGCGGCAUGUCUGCAACACCGCUGAUCAAAUAACAUGUCACGGCAAUAAUGAACAUAUCAGUUUGUAGGUUAUAGUUUCAACAGCCUACAGACAAACGACAAAGUCGUUAUUUAGUGUUUAAGAGCUUUAUUGUCGUACUAGAAAUAUACUAAAAAUAUACGAGCGUGCCUACUCCUGCGGACAGGUUUAGUAGUUUAUUGUUCUUACUUCGAAAUAUAUUUUUGUAAUAGAACGAAAGUAAAGCACAGUAUGUUAAUAGAUAUCUGGUAGGUAUAUCCAAAUUACAGUAGGUAUUUACAAUGUUGUUCCCCACCGGAAGGUAGGUAAAAGGUAUGUCAUUUUUAUAAUUGCACGAAUGUUUCAGAACAUGUAUUGUGUACUGUGACUUAAUACGUAUAGUUAAUUGACGCAAUAUUACGUAUGUAAGUAGUUGUUAAGCCAGCCGCAAGUUAAUACUUCACUGUAUUUAAGAGUACACAGUGCGCAGUAGAGUAUCGCUUCGCCUCGCGCCACCGCUACGACGAUGUCACUCACUCUGUGCCUGUCGCCGACACAACGGUGCCUGUCUUCUGUGCUCGUAUCUAACAUCGGUCUAUAUAACACUUCGCUUGUUUCAAUCAUACUAUUAGCAUUUACUCUUCUAAACUAACUAUGUGAACGAUGUUGGCUUUCGUAUUAUCUAUAGUUACUUAUAUCUUACGAAAUUGUUAUCUAAUACGAUACUGACUACUUUAACUAAUCUUUAAUCUUGUUUAUUGCCUUCUUAGUUACUUUAUAGUACCUAAUGUAUUAAUCUAGAAUACUAAUAAUUAUGUAUAAGUCAGUUUCAAUUGUAAUACGAGACGAGAUUAGACUAGUUAUCCACAAUAUUAUAACUAAUGUAAAGAGCUUGAUAAAGCUUUAUAAAGAAGAGUUGUGAAUCGAACAUGUGGCCACGUAACGUUAGAACAAAGAUUAGCGUAACUGCUUUGACUGUUAAUAACAAUUAAGUUUAUUAAGGAUUUUCACUAAACUUAGUGAAGUGACAUGUUUCUCGAUCAUGGGCUAGGUAUUCAUUAAUUAUAAAAUGAAAAUUGCUUUUAUACGAAAUAUGAUAAAUUAAAAUGGUUGCAAAUGCUCUAUUCAGAGCUCUUUAGGGUUAUAAAUUUAAAGUUAAUUGGCGUUAUUGUAUUGCUAAGUACGUCUAGCAUAAUUCAUAAUACUGUUGUGUUCAUAAAUGAAUUGUGCCAAAACAAUUCUGGAUCAGGCAUUAGCAUCAAUCAAGUUAUUCCUAUGGGAGUCUGAAGACAUCCCAAACCCGAACGGUCAGUCGAGCAACGUGUGAAGUAUAUCGAAAAGCCCGGCGCGUCACUACAAUUAACAGUCACUGCUUGGAUCAUGGUCAUUUCAUGGUAUAAAGUUAACGAAUACACGGUAUUAUUUACUUGUCAUAAUAUCAUUGGAGUACAUACGUAUAUUUGUAGGUCGUGAAUACAAUAGCUGUGCCAUUGUGCCUCCUCGCUUAGAAUUUAGCGUUUAGCUAAUUAGCACCGUUACACAAAUAUUCCAAGAGAAUAAUUUAUUUAUCAUAAAAUAAAAUAAUAGUGAAGUACUCAAAAAGAAUCGUUCAUCACAAUAACGAUAUCAUAAGUAAUUGAUUAGAGUAUAAGUAGAGUUAGCGAUACAGUGAUUUGUGAUAUUACAAGAUACUUAUCGAGAUUUAGUACAACGUCCUUUAAUUUCAACGUUUUUAUAGUUAUUAACUUUAGUAACACGAAAGAACACCAAGAUAGUUACCAAAUAAAUACUAAAUUAUUAUGUACUUAAUAGUUAAGUUAUAUUAUAGACAAGGUAUAUAGUUCGGGACCUCGACGCAAGAGAUCCUAGCAAGAGAUUCAUCUAUAAUAGUUAGAAAUAGAUAAACAUAAUGCUAAAUUUGAAGUUGCCUAUACGCAAAUGAUCACUUAGCAGGGGACAGUAGGAGCGCGAUAUAAUUAGUUGAUAGUUAACGAAUGGCCUGUAAAAUAAACUGUUUGACCUACCUCGACGCAGAGCAAUCUAAAGCAAGGAUACAAUUUAGGAGUAAGGGAACAUUAAGGAUUAUUAUUUGCACUUCAAGAAGAGUAGUACAUUAUUAGAUCAUUAUGAUUUCAGACUAAUUAAAUAAAUAAAUUAAUGUAAUAAAACUGAGCUUCCGAACGUUGAAUGCCUAAUACCUUGCCACGGUUUUGACCGCGCGGAUACAAUAAAAUGCAAUAAUAUUUAAAUAAACAGCAUAAAAAAGUGAAUUAAUGAAAUAAUAUUCACGUGCGUACUACACUAGCGUAAGAACACAUACAAUGAUGUGCAAAGUACUUAAGUAUAAUAUCUACAUAUAUUUUCUAUUAUUCUCUUACAAGUAAUGUGUAAAUUGAUUACCCUGAAGGAGUAAAACCCCGAUAAAUGAAUAGAUAUUGUAAAUAAAUUAAUUUUGAUAGAAUUAAAUUCAGUGAAGAUGUCUUAGUUAACACGUAUCGUCGAAUGUUUCAAAUCAAAUUAAUGUUACUUUGUGUAUAAAGAUUGUAUUGUCGAUAAACUGUUGUGAUUGUUAUAAUAUAUUUGAAGUUGCAUUUUCAUUAUUAUAAGUAGAAGUAUAUUUUCCAUAGUGCUGCCAAAGAUAUUUAAUAUUAUAUCUAGAUGUAGUAACGUUGUUUACAUAACAGAAUAUUUUGAGGUUGUUCGUGAAUUUAUGGAUUGUAUUUUGAUGUGGUCGACGAAUGUAAUAACACUGUGUACGUGAUCUAUUACAUCACCAAAUAAAUGAGAAUUCAUACGAGAA